AUGUGGCUCCUCUCAUUUCCCUGGCAAAUGUAGUCACCAAAACAGCUCCCGCCUCCUCUCUCCAGCGCCACCACACAAGUCGCACAAGAGGAUAACGAUGCCAUGGAGGCCACAGGGAGAAUGGUGCUUGACGUCUGCUGGCUUCUGGUCCUGCUGACAGAAGUCUACGCAGAGUUCAUCCACGUCUCUUCGACCCUCCGCCACGGCAUCGAGGGGAAGUCUCUGGACUUGCCCGUGGAGACGCACUUCCGGUUAGACCAGGCUGAGAUCCAGGGGACGUGGUCCCACACCGCCACCGACGGCAUCAGGACCACGCUGGUGACCUUCACCAAAGAGUCCACCAUCAUGGACAUGACGCACCGCAACCGCAUCCUCUUCAGAGAGCCCAAUGUGUCCUUGCUGAUACGGAGAUUAAACCUGCGCGACGAGGGGGAUUACCAGCUGAACCUCAAUAUAGAGUUUCAUAACAAGACCGGGGAGGUCUUCAAGGAGGAGAGGACGGUGCAUGUAACAGUGGACGUUCCUGUGUCCACCCCGGUCAUUGAGAAGAACCCAGCACAUGCCGUGGUGGAGGACCAGGCCAAUGUUACCUGGACCUGUUCAGUGGAGAAAGGAACCAGGGUCGCGUUUCAGUGGCUCAGAGACAAUGUCCCUGUGGGUGUGGGCGACAGGUACCACUUCUCCAAAGACAAAUCCACACUGCUGAUCAGUCCUGUGCGAAAGGAGGACAAGGGGAGUUACCGCUGUGUGGUCAACAACACCGUCAGCCAGGAGCGACGCAGCAAUGCCGGGGAACUCCUCGUUUACUACGGUCCCUACAACCUGGAGGUGAACUCGGACCAAGGUCUGCGGACAGGGGAGGUGUUCACCAUCAACCCCGGAGAACUGGUCUUCUUCCACUGCCGGGCCGACUCCUACCCUCCCAACUCCUUCGUGUGGAUCUCCAACGCCACCCGGGUCAUCACCGAGGGCCCGCGCCUGGAGGUCCUCUCCUACAGACUGGCCCAGGCCGAGGACUACCUGUGCCGGGCCUUCAACAACGUGACCCGCAAGCGAGACGAGACCCGGUUCACCCUGGUGGUGGCCAGCUUGGGCACAGGUAAGGAGAAGCACACCCAGGAGGGUAGUUCGGUUUCCCCGCUGGCUGCGAUCACGCUCUGCUCCUUCCUCGUCAUCGGCUGCAUGCUGCUGGUCUUUUUCCGGAAAGCCUGUCACCCAAAGAGAGUGCUCAUGAGCAUUUAUAAGAGGCCACUCUCCGAUCAGAAGCGACCACAUCGAUCAGGUCAUGAGGAUGCUACCGAAGACUUUGGUAUCUAUGAGUUUGUCUCCAUACCUGGGAAAAUGGACUCUGCCCAGGCGUCAUGUCGAUCUCUGGCCCGCCUGGAGUCCGUGCAGGAUAUGCACACCACAAUCUACGAUGUGAUCCGGCACGUUCCUGAGACCCCCGGACAGAGUUUGCUCAAAUGACUUCAAAAAACAACAACACUUUUAUACUGUUUGUAAAGAAGCCCGAGGCACUGCUUUUGGUGACUCACUGUUUUUGCACCAGAGAUGCUGAUUGUGCACUAAGGUAGAUCAGUUAUGAAAUUAUUUGUAUUUAAUAUUUAAAGAUAGGAGUGGCCAUGACAUAACAUAACGACAAUGCAAUCAGAUCCUCUUUUCUGACUUACCGUAUUUUUCGGACCAUAAGGCGCACUUAAAGUCCUUUCAUUUUCUCAAAAAUCACCGAAUGGUUGUGCUUACCGACCUCAAAGCAAUUUUAUUUGCUACAUGGUGUAAUGAUAGGUUAUAACACAUAAGAGAUAUGUGUAGACUGCAAUAUGACGCCAGUAAACAACACCAACAUGCUUUUUGACGACGUUUAAUCAACGUCGGGUUCUGACGUCGAUUUGACCGUUGAAUUUUGGUCAUUUUUUUAACCAAUACUAUACAA